CCGGCGAGGGGCGAUUUGUGGGCGGGCCGCCCCGCGGGAGGGGCGGGUCUGACCCUGCGCCUUCGCCGGGUGGGCGGGGCGAGAGGCAGGCGACCCGGAAGGGCCGGCGCCUGGCUGCCAAUCUCGCUUGCAGGACUGCAGGACCCAACGCUGUCCGGCCGGCCUCCCGCCCGGAACACGGCAGCCAGUAUGGGCCGGAAGGUGACCGUGGCCACCUGCGCGCUCAACCAGUGGGCUCUGGACUUCGAGGGCAAUUUGCAAAGGAUUUUAAAGAGUAUUGAAAUUGCCAAAAACAGAGGAGCAAGAUACAGGCUUGGACCGGAGCUGGAAAUAUGUGGCUACGGAUGUUGGGAUCAUUAUUAUGAGUCGGACACCCUCUUGCACUCGCUGCAAGUCCUGGCUGCCCUCCUGGAGUCUCCAGUCACUCAGGACAUCAUCUGCGAUGUGGGGAUGCCUGUGAUGCACCGAAACGUCCGCUACAACUGCAGAGUGAUAUUUCUCAACAGGAGGAUCCUGCUCAUCAGACCCAAGAUGGCCUUGGCGAACGAAGCCAACUACCGUGAGCUGCGCUGGUUCACCCCGUGGUCAAGGAGUCGGAAAACAGAGGAGUAUUUUCUCCCUCGGGUGUUACAGGACCUGACAAAGCAGGAAACCGUGCCCUUCGGAGACGCAGUGCUGGCCACCCAGGACACCUGCAUCGGGAGCGAGAUCUGUGAGGAGCUCUGGACACCCCACAGCCCCCACGUCGACAUGGGCCUGGAUGGAGUGGAGAUCAUCACCAAUGCCUCGGGCAGUCACCACGUGCUGCGCAAAGCCCACGCCAGGGUAGACCUAGUGACCAUGGCCACCACCAAGAACGGUGGGAUUUACAUGCUGGCCAACCAGAAGGGCUGUGACGGGGACCGCCUCUACUAUGACGGCUGCGCCAUGAUCGCCAUGAAUGGAAGCAUUUUUGCUCAGGGGUCCCAGUUUUCUCUGGACGACGUGGAAGUCCUGACUGCCACGUUGGAUUUGGAGGACAUCAGGAGCUACAGGGCGGAGAUUUCAUCUCGAAACCUGGCGGCCAGCAGGGUGAGCCCCUACCCUCGAGUGAAGGUGAACUUUGCCCUGUCGUGCCACGAGGACUUGCUGGAGCCAAUCUCAGAGCCUGUCAAGUGGAAAUACCACAGUCCUGAGGAGGAGAUAAGCCUUGGACCUGCCUGCUGGCUUUGGGACUUUCUAAGACGAAGCCAACAGGCGGGGUUUUUCCUGCCCCUAAGUGGCGGAGUGGACAGCGCAGCCACCGCCUGCCUCGUCUACUCCAUGUGCCACCAGGUCUGCGAGGCCGUGAAGAGCGGAAAUCAGGAGGUGUUGGCUGAUGUUCGGACGAUCGUGAACCAGGUCAGCUACACCCCCCAGGACCCUCGAGACCUGUGCGGACGCAUACUGACCACCUGCUACAUGGCCAGUGAGAACUCCUCCCAGGAGACAUGUGGCAGGGCUGGAGAGCUGGCGCGGCAGAUUGGAAGCCACCACAUCAGCCUCCACAUCGAUCCGGCCGUGAGGGCCGUGGUGGGCAUCUUCAGCCUGGUGACGGGGAAGAGCCCACUGUUUGCAGCUCAUGGAGGAAGCAGCAGGGAGAACCUGGCGCUGCAGAAUGUGCAGGCUCGGAUCCGGAUGGUCCUGGCCUACCUCUUUGCCCAGCUGAGCCUCUGGUCUCGGGGUGCUCGUGGUGGUCUUCUUGUGCUCGGAUCUGCCAACGUGGAUGAGAGUCUCCUGGGCUACCUGACCAAGUACGACUGCUCCAGUGCUGACAUCAACCCCAUCGGUGGGAUCAGCAAGACGGACCUGCGAGCCUUCGUCUGCUUCUGCCUUGAGCGGUUCCAGCUCCCCGCCCUGCAGAGCAUCUUGUCAGCGCCAGCCACUGCAGAGCUGGAACCGUUGGCCAAUGGACAGGUGUCCCAGACUGAUGAGGAAGAUAUGGGGAUGACAUACGCGGAGCUCUCCGUCUACGGGAGGCUCAGGAAGAUCGCCAAGACGGGGCCCUACAGCAUGUUCUGCAGACUCCUGAACAUGUGGAGAGACAUCUGCACCCCAAGACAGGUGGCUGAAAAAGUGAAGCAGUUUUUCUCCAAGUAUUCCAUGAACAGACACAAGAUGACUACGCUCACACCGGCAUACCACGCUGAGAACUACAGCCCUGACGACAACAGGUUUGAUCUGCGACCGUUCCUGUACAACACCCGCUGGCCUUGGCAGUUUCGGUGCAUAGAAAAUCAGGUGCUGCAGCUCGAGAGGAAAAAGCAGCAGGAGCUGCAUGAUGUGGACUGAUGGGCAGUCCCACCUGGAUGCCUCCUCUCCACGGGGACCCAGUGUCACCUCAGCAUGGCUGGCGGCCAAGGGCAGGAGCCCCAGCACCCCCACCUGAGUGGCCCGGGGUCAAGCUUUGUUUUACAUUUCGAGGGAAAGGGAUCUUUCAUUCUCGUUCCUUAAAAGGAGGCUAAUAAAGCGAAUGUGCCAUG